AUGUCGUCGAAACCCACCGCAUACCCGUUCCACCAGGUGGACGUGUUCACCGACACGGCCUACUUCGGCAACCCAGUCGCCGUGGUCAACUGUCUCGACACUUCUCUCCCCCUGCCAUCGCAGGAACAGAUGCAGCGUUUCGCGCGAUGGACGAACCUCUCCGAGACCACGUUCCUGCUGCCUCCUUCUCGGGGCGCAGAGGCGGACUACCGGCUCAAGAUCUUCACGCCCGUGGAGGAGCUUCCCUUUGCUGGCCACCCGACGCUGGGCAGCUGCUACUCUUUCCUCCGCCACCUAGGCGAUGAGCGCUGCUCGUCACUGCUGAAAUCUCGUGGAGGCAAGCUCGUGCAGGAGUGCGCUAUUGGGAUGGUGCCGCUGCAGGUGUCUCCUGAUGCGAGCGAGGUGCGCUUCCUCGCGCCGGAGUUUGUGCGAUACGAGCCGGUCGAUGCAGCAACGGUGGAGCGCAUCACCCGCGCACUGUGCCUCGACCCAGCGGACAUUCUUGACGCACAGCACAUCGACAAUGGCCCGCACUGGAUCGGCAUCAAGCUUCCUUCAGCCCAGCACGUGCUCGACAUCAACCCAACCAAUCCGGGGUGCGAUGUGGCCUCGGUCCGCGACCUCUUCUUUGGCUUCAUUGGCCCUUACCCUGAUGGAGUCAAUGCGGACGGGGAGAAGCUGGCGAACGAGGUGCGAGCUUUUGUGUUUGCCGACAUCGGCGAAGACCCCGUGACGGGCUCGCUCAAUGCCGGCUUUGCAAAGUGGCUCGAAGCGACAGGAGACAGUCCGGCGACAGAAUACGUCAACUCGCAAGGCACCGCCAUCGGUCGCAAGGGCAGGAUCAGCGUCAAGAUCAAUCGCACACCAUCCAGCGACAAGUCUGAGAUCUGGAUCGGCGGCUCGUGUACCGUCUGCAUUGACGGACAAGUUCACAUCUAG